AUGACGUCCUCUCGACACUCUUCUUCAGAAGAUCCCAUCUUGAACCCCUCAGUUGCCGAACCAUUGACAUACUCCCAAGCCCCUACACAAGAUAGUUCAGCUGAAUCGACCUCGACCUCAACACAACAUGCACAUCCCCUUCAGCCGUCCACAUCCAGUCGAAAUGCAUCCUCACCCGUUCCUUCUCCUGCCCCGGCUGGUGAUACCGGGACCCGCACUCGGACAGGUCGAAGACGACAGGUGACCAUCCUACCUCCUCUUACCACUUCCGCUCUGGGCGAUCUCAGUACUUCUCACCCCUCUUCUACAUCACAGGGUAGGAGGAGAGCACAUACUGUCGGAGUCAGCUUCAGACCUAGAAUACCAUCAGACUUUGUUGCCAAUGCCAGUUCAAAUGUCAAUGGAAAUGGGAAUGUAGAAGAGGAAAGGUCGGAUACGUUAACUCCCCUCAAUUCCAUUCGAAGACCCUCCAACGCGAAUGCAAGUGCGAAUGUUAGUCCAGGUGAUCUAGAAGCUGGACUGGCCGGGGCUGUGGGAGGAGGCAAAGGAAGGAUGAGAUCAACUUCCAAUGCUAGUAGAUUCAGUACCACCUCAGCAGGUCGUAGAAGUAGAAGAUCAAGUACGCCGGUGGAAUUUGAUUUGGCGACUCGUCAUCAGAAUGGACACGAGGUUCAUCAGUUGGAUGAUGAGAUGGUUGGGUUGUUGGAUUGUAUUGAUCCGACUGUAUCGACUGUAAAUCACCUUCAGAAUAUGACCAACUCAGUUCUAGUACCUCACAUACCCCAAUUAUGGAAACGUAGACCAGAAGUACAAUUACCCAAUACACCCAGUGACGAAUCUUUAGCGUCAAUGAAUCGGCCAUACGAAUCAACUUCUUCUACCCGCCAGCGAUCUUCCACCGUCCGAUCACGUAAAGGUUCAAUCUCCCGUCUCCUACCUUCUCGUUCACCCGGUCCUCCGCCCGAAGUGACUCGACAACCGAGCACGAAUACACCUGCCGAUCAAUGGGGUGGGACUCAACCUAUACCUAUACCAGAGGUUGAGGAGCCCACCUCGCCUAUAGAUCAAGAUCGUGUCAAUGACGACAACGAUACAAGACCUGAAGUGCCAUUAAUACGAGCUUCGCCCAAAACACUCCAAAGGGAAGAGUUCGAAGAUGACCUGGAAGAUAUCAAAGAAGAUCAUCAAUUGGAUAAACAUGUCAAACAUAUCUUACGAGCAUCUAAAAGAGCGAAAAUAAUGAGAGGUUUGAAAGGAGUUUGGACGUUUGUCAAAACUCCUAUGGGAUUCAUAACGGCUGUGUAUGGUUUCCUCGUAGCGUUUUGGGGUGCGGGAAUUGUACUAUUUUUGCUUGGGUGGAUACCUACGAGUAGCAAAUACAGACAGGAUGUUUGGGUUGAGAUUUGUUCUCAGGUUGAGAAUGGUCUGUUCACCGUCACAGGUGUAGGUCUAAUCCCGUGGAGAGUUAUAGAUACCUAUCGUAUGUCGGUCAUAUGGACUUUGAAAAAUAGAGAUUCAAGAUUAAGAAAGAAAAGAGGUUUAGCACCUAUCGAAGAUGAAAAUGAUUUACCUGAUCCGGAAUUAAUCAAAGAUUUCGUUUUUGUGCUAUCGGAGAAAGAUCAAAAUAAUCUAAAGUAUCAACAAGAGAAAUUCGCGAUUUCACAAACUUGGUAUAGACCUCAUGCUACUGCCACUCAUAAAGCUUUUCCUAUGAAGUUCGCUCUGUGGAAUACAAUUUUGAUGGAUGGUAAUUCUUUCUUUCAGUGUGGCUGUAUGUGGGGAAUGGAUUGGCAUGAAAGACCGGCAUGGACUACAGGAUGUUUGAUUCCCCUAUCAUUCUUAUGUGGUAUAGGAGCCGCCGUAUUGAUAUGGCAAGGAUCCGCACGAACCAAGAAAUCCGCUUUGGUAUCUGAGAAACUACGUAAUGCCUUGAACGUCCCUGUCGCCAUUGGCGUACCUCGUUCGGUCGAUGGCACGGUGUUGGUAUCCAAUAUGAACAAUGCUCCCGCCACCGAUAUACCGCUACACAAGACUGAAAGUCCCAAUAAGCCUGGUGCGAAGACUGCUGGAGGAGGACGAAGGACGACCAUCACUUUUGGUUCGACGAAUAACUACGAUGAAGAUGAGUCCAAGAGGGAGAGGAAAGUGGAGCAUAAGAGGGAUAGGGGUGUUACGCUUGCUGUUACCCCUGAAUGGAAGGGUGAUGAAAGUGCUGGAGGUGGCGGUAUGGACUUUGGUUUGGGAAAGGUUGUUAGUAAUCGACAUGAUGACGAGGAAGGGCAUGGGAGGGAUCAGGGGAAUGAGAAAGAGGGGCAUGAACAGAUAGUGAUGAAAGAAAUUGAAAAGUAG